AUGUUCUCAUCCGCUCUCAUCGUCUCUCUCCUGCCGGCCCUGACCGCCGCGUUCUCGCUGCCGUCGUACAACGGUCUUUCGACCGUGUGGCACGACGACUUCUGGGGCAACGCGGGCGACUCGCCCAACGUCACCCACUGGAACGUCAUCACCGGCGACCUGGGCCUGAACAACGAGCUGGAGACGUACACAGAAUCCAACGAAAACUUGCAGAUCAGCGGCGGUGGCACGCUGCAGCUGAUCCCACGGCGCAACAGCUCGACCUCGUCGGGCUGGACAUCGGCGCGCAUCGAGUCGGUCGACUCCUACACGCCGGUGCCGGGCAAGAACACCCGCUCUAUGCGCGAGGGCACCAGCUGGCCGCUCUGCGGCGAGCUCGACAUCCUCGAGCAGGUCAACGGCAAGCUCACCGGCUACGGCACCGCCCACUGCGAGAACCACUGCGAGGAGCCAACCGGUCGCCAGGGCUACACAUCCAUCCCGUCCGGCAGCAACUUCCACACCUGGCGCCUCGACUGGGACCGCACCUCCAACAACUGGCAGACCGAGUCCAUCACCUGGUCGCUCGACGGCGUCGACUUCUUCUCCAUCAACGGCACUACCAUCGGCGACCAGGCCACCUGGAGCACCCUGGCCCACAGCCCGUUCUACAUUCUGCUGAACGUUGCUGUCGGUGGCACGAUGGCUGGCAACCCUGACUCCAACACCCUGGACGGUUACGACAGUAUGAUGGAAGUCGCAUACGUCGCCGUCUACUCGAGCUAG